CGUAAAUUAGUCGAGAUAAGAUUAAAAAGAAAAGAAUGUUAGACUGACAUUUUUUUUUUCUAUUAUUAGUAGUAUAGUAGUGUAGUAGUGUUUCAAUAUCCAAUUUUCAACAAGCAAAUCAGUGUAGAAAUGGCACUAUCCCUCCCAAAUCUGUUUCCAAAAGGUGAUGCGUAUGGAACAAAGUAUUUUGAGAUUAAAACAAAGCCAAGUCAAUUGAAGCUUUCGUUUAGCUAUAGAGCAAGAGCAAAGGCAGCUCUUAAUUCUAGUUCGAGUUCUGUUGAAAUCCCUCGGCAGUGGUACAAUCUAGUUGCAGACCUUCCAAUCAAACCACCUCCACCGCUGCAUCCCAAGACGUUUCAGCCUAUCAAACCGGAGGACUUAUCUCCGCUUUUCUGUGAUGAGUUGAUUAAACAGGAGGCAAGCAUCGACCAGUUUAUUGAUAUACCAGAAGAAGUUUUAGACGUCUACAGUCUUUGGCGCCCAACCCCUUUGAUUAGAGCAAAGAGGUUGGAAAAACUGCUUGAUACACCCGCACGAAUAUAUUACAAGUAUGAAGGUGGUAGCCCCGCGGGGUCGCACAAGCCCAACUCUGCUGUUCCUCAGGCCUGGUACAAUAAAAUGGGGAAUGUUAAAAAUGUGGUUACGGAGACCGGGGCAGGUCAAUGGGGGAGCGCGUUGUCGUUUGCUUGCAGCUUAUUUGGUCUCAAUUGUGAGGUAUGGCAAGUUCGAGCUUCGUUUAAUCAGAAACCUUAUCGUAAAAUGAUGAUGCAAACUUGGGGUGCGAAGGUGCAUCCUUCUCCUUCCGACCUUACAGAGGCCGGUCGGACCAUUCUACAAAUGGAUCCUUCAAGUCCAGGAAGUUUAGGAAUAGCUAUUUCAGAGGCUGUGGAGGUUGCAGCGAAGAACACUGACACCAAGUAUUGUUUGGGAAGUGUACUCAAUCAUGUUUUGUUACAUCAGACCGUUAUCGGUGAGGAAUGUAUAAAACAGAUGGAGGAUUUCGGAGAGACUCCAGAUGUGAUCAUCGGUUGCACGGGAGGUGGAUCUAAUUUUGCAGGACUUGCUUUCCCGUUUAUCCGGGAGAAGCUUAAGGGGAAAAUGAAUCCUCUUAUUAGAGCGGUUGAACCUACAGCUUGCCCCUCGUUGACGAAAGGUGUAUAUGCUUACGACUAUGGAGACACCGCAGGCAUGACUCCUUUAAUGAAAAUGCAUACACUUGGUCAUGACUUCAUACCGGAUCCCAUCCAUUCCGGGGGUCUCCGUUACCACGGCAUGGCACCAUUGAUAUCACACGUCUAUGAACUCGGAUUCAUGGAAGCAAUAUCAAUUCCGCAGAUUGAAUGUUUCCAAGGUGCUAUUCAGUUUGCGAGGUCUGAGGGGUUGAUACCAGCACCAGAACCAACGCAUGCUAUAGCCGCUACUAUAAGGGAAGCUCUAAGAUGUAAAGAGACCGGAGAAUCGAAAGUUAUACUCAUGGCAAUGUGUGGACAUGGACAUUUUGAUUUGUCAUCUUACGAUAAGUAUUUGCAGGGAAGCUUGGUUGAUUUGUCAUUCUCAGAAGAGAAAAUAAAAGCCUCACUCGCGAAAAUACCACAACCAGUAUCAUAAGUUGAUCCAAGUCGAGGAGACGAUGAAAAUAGGAGGUACGUAGUGGAAUUUGGUUUGUACUUUUCUCCACGAAUAAGGUUUUCGUAGUUCUGCCAAGUUGAAGAAUAACAUGCCCCAAACCCCCUCAAUCUCUUGAUCGAAUAAUAUUCGAUACAAUUAGUUAUAGCUUUGUAAGUUGUUGUGUGACCUUCAAUUUUUCGAGUUGUGUGUAAUCGUCUAUAUGAUUGACUUGACAACAAUGAAGGAUCUGGGAGUGGCAUUUCAUCAUUUUGUGCUAAGUUUUGUCGAUUUUUUUUAAAAAAAAUUUUCGAUCUCUA